AAUAAUGGGAUAACGAUAACGAACUAGUAUUUAACCAGUGUGCAGAUAUAUUUAGCAGUUACUGUGCUAGUGGUACACAUACAAACGGACAUACUGUGGGCAACCAUGAGAUUACUUGCCGGCGUUACUCUGAUAGUACUGCUCUUGCAGGAGUUCCACUGCGAACCAAUGCUAGAUUCCGACGAGGAAUCAAGAUAUUUUGAAACUUCGCACACCGACCAGAACGGCUUCGCAUUAGGAGGGCACUUGAACCUCGAAACCAAAGCACGCUUAAGAAAUGGAACACUUGCCGUUAAAUCUGAAAAUGAUAUUGGUGUGAAAGGAGCACGAGAGAAUUCUACCUAUUCGAAGGAGACGCGUCCUUCAAAAGGUGACAGCAACCCGUAUGGUUAUCCAUAUUCACCAAAUGGUCAGCCAACCUGGCAAUAUUACGGCCAACCAGGUGGACCACAGUACUACCAACCAUCUGGACCACAAUAUUAUCAACCAACUGGGCCGCAAUAUCCUCAGACACCUUGGACGUAUAAUAAUGGACCACAGUAUGGACCACCAAACGGACCACAGUAUUUACAACCAACUGGACCACAGUACGUUCAGCCAGCCGGUCCGCAGUACGUGCAACCAAACGGGCCACAGUAUUUACAACCAACUGGACCACAGUACGUUCAGCCAGCCGGUCCGCAGUACGUUCAACCAAACGGACAACAGUAUUUACAACCAUACGGACCACAGUACGUUCAGCCAGCCGAUCCGCAGUACGUUCAACCAAACGGACAACAGUAUUUACAACCAUACGGACCACAGUACGUUCAGCCAGCCGAUCCGCAGUACGUUCAACCAAACGGACAACAGUAUUUACAACCAUACGGACCACAGUACGUUCAGCCAGCCGAUCCGCAGUACGUUCAACCAAACGGACAACAGUAUUUACAACCAUACGGACCACAGUACGUUCAGCCAGCCGAUCCGCAGUACGUUCAACCAAACGGACAACAGUAUUUACAACCAUACGGACCACAGUAUUUACAACCCACUGGACCUCAGUAUGGCCAACCAAACGGACUGCAAUACGGCCAACCAAACGGACCACAGUAUUUACAACCCACUGGACCACAGUAUAUUCAACAAGCCGGGCCGCAGUACGGCCAACCAGGGGGACAGAAUGGCCCAGCGCCCAAUGGGCAAACCGGCCCAGCGCCCGGUGGACAGAACACUCCAUCGCUCGACGGACAGAACCAAUAAAAACGGUGACCCAGCAGUUCCAGUAUUAAACAGACCAGCUCUUCCAGGACCUUUCCCUUCACCUGGAAUCCGUUUCUGCUAAGAAAUUACCGAAUCACCUUACCAGCAAUUAACUUCACCAUGCCUCGAGUACAUAGCAUCUCAUCGAUUGUAUUCAACCCAAUUUGUUAUCUAAUCCAAGUUCAUUGCUAAGUACCUAUUGAACUUUUAUAAUAUGGUAGUAUAGGAGAAUUGCCUAUAUUGUACCAGUUAACAAACUUCAUAAGCUAUCACAAAAACUACUUUAUGUUAAAGGAAUAUAUUACUAUAAAUAAAAA